AUGGCCGAGCGUCGCCUCGCCGCAAUGUACGGGCUAGAGAACAAGCGUCUUCAUGGAAUCAUUGUUCAACAACUUUUUCGGAUCAACCACUUAGAAGAGCUCUUGGAUCAGGCUAGAGAGUUGCAUCGAGAAGCAGAAAAGAGCGCGAGAGAGAUUCUCGAAGAAGAGAUCAAAGACGACCGUGUCAACUUCGGCAAGGCCAAAGAAAAGUGGUUUUUCUGUAAAAGCUCUCGCCGAAGAGAAAGACGUUCAUGUGGGAAGGAUUGCCACUUGAAUGAGCAAUGGAAAGGAGCCACCAGGCAAUUCGGGAAGAAAAGAAAAGAGAGCGAGGAGGCAAUGAGAGAACUGAUUGAAAAAGUGGAAAAGCUUGAAAAUGAGCUGAUGCAAAAAAGGAAGAAAAUCAGCGAAAUGCUCGCAGCCAGCCAAAAUGAGGAAACGGAUUUGAAUAAGCUUCGCGAAGAACAUGAACAGGAAAUCGGAAAGGUUCGAAAGGAGGUGGUCAGACUUCAAGGAUUGUUGGAAGACGUUGAAGAGGAAAACGGUAGAAUGAAGAAUGCGAUUGAGAGUCUGAAAGAGGACAAGAAAACUCAAGGUAAGUCAAAAAAAAACCUACAGUACCGGUCAAUAUGA